GGGAAAGGUACCUGACAAGGCUCCCCCCAAAUCAUCAACCUCACCUCUUGAACAGACGACAAAACGGCAGAACGCGAUCCAUCAAAACACCACCCUCCGCUUGCCAUAUAAUCAACAAAUCUUAUACGCCAUCUCUGCCGAUGCCUCUCGUUUGUCCCAUGUGGUCUUGAGCUCACCAAUCGCCCUCGGUCCCGCCGCACGCGAGCGCAUCUUGUUGCGCAUGGCGACUCGCGCCCCGUUGUCGCUAUCAUCGCCCUGGGUCCAUCAUGUCCAUCACCAACGGCCAGCCCGCCUGGCAACCUCCCUAUUUGCACCAUACCAACAGUAAUAGGAGCGUAUCGCAUCUCGAUGAUGUCCCUGCGCGAACUCAGACUCCUAUUGAUAAUCCAAGUGUGCUGAUGCCUGAGGCACCACUUGACAUCGAAGAAGAGAACCGACGCGCCCUAUUUGCGGAUUUAUAUCGCAAGACUGAGGACAAGGUCGCGUUGCUCUUCUCCGAAGAUGGUUCUUAUAAUUAUCCCGCGAUAUCUGCUCUACGACGUUCUCCGCCCCCCUCCGCAAACAUUAUCCCUCCCACAACCGACCACGAGCCAAUCAAGGAACCCCCCUUAAAGAAAGCGAAGCGCACCAUCGAUGAGGACGACUAUGACGAUGAUGAUGACGACGAAGAAGAUGACGAGCCUUCGCAAUCAGCAUCGAAACCUCAUUCUGCUGGAGCUCCUGCCAAUACGUUACUGUCGCCAUCCAAAUCAGGGAGCUCACCUGUUCAUUCGGUGACAUCACCAAGCAAGCAUGGUGACAAAUCCAAGGAUCAAGAUGGCUCACAGUCGAAAGAUAAAGAUGGUGAAGAUGCCAUCAAGAAACUUGAGGAAGCUCGUACAGCUACCGAAGCUGCCGCUCGGAGGAGUUUCCACACCAUCUUUCACACCUUGGAGAAUGACCAUGCCGCUAUGCUAGAACAACAACAACUUGAAGAUUCUGAGAAGCAGCUCCAGGCCGAGAUGGAUCACAACCAUCAUCCAAUCAAUAACCAUAGCGCUGUUCCCAACCAAGGCUCACUCAGCAGCGCCAAUCUCGGUGCUUCUAGCCUAACACUGAAACAUCUCAUCGCUCGCAUCGACAUGAAGCGAGAUCAGGUUCGCGCCUCUGAUGCCGAACUUAGGCUCCUGAUGAACGAGGUCCGCAAAAAUAGGAGUAAAUGGGCCAGCGAGGAGAAUGUGAACCAGGAGGAAUUGUACGAGGCUUUAGAAAAGGUCUUGACAGAACUCAAGGCGCAUACGGAAUAUUCCACUCCUUUUCUGACAAGGGUCAACAAGAGGGAUGCUCCAGACUACUACAAUUUCAUCAAAAACCCCAUGGAUCUCGGCACAAUGACUAAGAAGUUGAAAAGUCUGACUUACAAAUCCAAGGCUGAUUUUGUUGUGGAUCUUAACUUGAUCUGGGACAAUUGCCUCAGGUACAACCAAGAUAUGAAUCACCCUCUACGACGCAUGGCCAAUGGAAUGAGAAAGGAAGCAGAGAAACUUAUUCCAUUGAUACCAGACCUUGUCAUCCGCUCUCGAGCGGAGGUUGAGGCAGAAGAACGGCGGAAACAGAAUGGCGGAGACGACGAUGCUGGAGAGGAUUCCGAUGACGAGCCCAUUAUGUCUUCACGAGGUCGCAAAGCUGGUGCAAAGGGGACAAGCAAGGCACGAAAGGCCCCAAACGAUCAGAAAGAGGACACACCAGCAAUAGAUCAGAAGCCCAUUCUUCAAGUAAAUGGGCUUCUGGGAAAAGUCCGAGAAGGCUCAGAGGUUGACGGCAGCAAUGGCUUUGCCACUCCACCGAUUGCCGGUUCCCUCACACCAAGCGGACUUAACGGCCAUUCCGGAAUGGGGAGCAACGCCGAUGCCAUGGACAUUGAUGGGCCAAGUAUCAAUGGCCUGGCACUGAACUCGGCGUUUGGUGAAGCUGCCGAGCAGGCCUUUGAGGAUGAAGAGUACAAAGUAUGGAAGCAAACUACUAAGAAGGAUCGAGCUCUGGUUGCCAAGGAGCGAUUCCAACUUUUCAAGGACAACAAGUUUAACACUGAAGCCCCUGCACUCGUUCGCUCCAAGGCUGGUAUGCGUCGAUUUCUCAAGCGGCAAAGGGAGGCAGAGGCAGAAGGUAUCAUUACUCAUUCUCAAGCAAACUCUACAGCUGUGGCUUCUGAAGAUUCGGCAACAAAGCCAACUGAGACCUUGGCCGAGGAAAUCGAGGAAGAAGAGGCUAAGGUGAUACCCGACUACUAUGAUACGUUGAGCAAUAUACCAGAUAUUCACCCCAGACUUCAAUGGGUUGAAGACGGAGAAGGGAAAGUUAUCAACCAGCACGAGGAGUUUCUACGCCUGGUGCCGCCUGGGUCAUUUACAGCACCAACAAGUCGUCUAACGAAGAAGAUGGACGAGAAUAUUCAUCAGAUCCAAGAGACAAGGAAACUUGCAACCAGAAUCUCGGUUAUCAAGCAGAUGCAAGUUCAAACUCAGGUGUAUACAAACCAAUUUCCCAAGUCAAACUCGGAUCCCUUCGUGGAACAGGAUAUUGAACCUCAUUUCAUCAGCGAUGACGGUCCUGUAAUGGCCCCCGAAACAUGCCAAAACGCUCUCAAGCGCUCGAUUGCCAAAGUCCUCUACCAUACUGGAUUCGAGGAGCUUCAGCCGUCCGCCAUGGACGCCUUCACCAGCGUUGCAUCAGAUUACUUUCAGAAGCUGUGCCGCACUUUUAAUGUUUACAACGAGUCAGAAAAGAAGCCAUCUCCGGCGCAUGCUCAAGGGUCCAAAUUUCAGCCCAGGUUUACUCCCGAGGAAGUCAUCCUCCACACCCUGGACGAGAAUGGUCACGACAUCAGUUCGUUGGAAUUGUACGCGAAGGAUGAGCUCGAUCGUUUGAGUACCAAGUUGGAUGCUCUGCAUGAGCGGAUGAAGCUUCAUCUCACUGACCUACUACGACCUGCUCUGGCUCAAGAUGCCGGAACUGAUGGGGUUGGUGCUUUCAAAGACGGCAGUGAGCAAUUCGUCAGUGGUGACUUUGCUGAGGACCUCGGUGAAGAUUUCUUUGGUUUCCGGGCCUUGGGUCUGGAUAAGGAGAUGGGUCUUGAUAUGAUCUCAGUACCCUUGCAUCUUUUGCAAACUAGAGUUCGCAACCAAUACCAGAUGCAGACACAGACGACUGGCGAAGCAGCCACUGAUCUCUUUGAGCCACUGCCUUCUUCAGAGCCAGUCACUAAGGAGAACAUUCAGGAACAAAUUGGCCUGGUCAAGAACUUCUUCCUGGCUAAGCUGCACGCUAAUGGCGAUCAGCCCCUUGUGGAGGACGAAGACCUGCCUACCAAGCAAAAGAAACCUCGUCCACGGUUGGGCGCGAGUGGAAAGAUUGUAACCGCUCAGAAACGAUCUCCUAAGGAGCAAUUGGCACUCGCUAAGAAGAAGAAGAAGAUGGAAGCUGCCGCUGCCGAGGCCAAAGCCAAUGCAAACGCAUCACCUGAGAAGGGCGCGCCAGGUACUACCCCUGGCAAGAAGAAGUCCAUGAGUGCAGCUGCUGGCUCGGCCCCCAACCCUGCAGUUCUUGCUUUGGCUCCAAACAUGGAGAGGCAGGACAGCAUGCAUAGUCAGGGCAACGCCAGUCAAACAGACAAGGACGACACUGUCGGCAUGAUGAGCCCAGAAAGCAUUGCUCCGUAGUGGCGUGCAACGCCUCAGGCAACUAUAAACUAUUCGAGAGUUUGGUGUCCCCCAUAGACACCAUACCAUGCCCGCUCUCGCAGACAUGCACCCACUCUGUUGUGCCAGUGCCUUACAACUUACUUUUCAUAUAAAUCAUGUACUACUUUUCAUACACUUUGGUAUUGACGUCCUUUUACAUACCCCGGCAAACAAUUUAUGGUCUUUGGAAGCUGGUCUUUGGUUUUGUCGCUAUUCUUUUAUCUUUCAUAUGAGCAACCACUCAAUAAAUCAUCCAUCCAAGGCGUUCCUGUCUCUUUCUUUUACCGGUCGUUUCUAUUCGGAGCUCUGGGGUUGGCACAGCACUUGCUUAUUCGAUACAUGAGAAGACGAAAGGUCAUUGUACCUAACUUUACCACUCGUACACGAUAUGUUGUGCGAGUGCCUUCCACGUCGUGAUUUCCUUCGGACAACCAAAAGCAGGCAUUAAUUAUGUGGGUGGUUUGACUAUUGAUAGCUAGCCGGCGUAUAGGAAAGGUCAACACCUGACGGAUUAAUGAGGAUGGGCACGAGUACGUCGCGGUGCACGACAGGAUGUUGCGUUUAUUAUAUACAGACCUCAUUGUCGUUUUUCUCUUUCUUAGAAAGGACCUGGAUGGAUGGACUGGUGGCGAAAAGGUUAAGCAGUUGUUUUAUGAGACGAAAAACCUUGGAUCCAGGGCCGAAUGGGAUAUGUAUGCGGUUGAGAAGCAGCAAAUAGAGGAUUAAGCGAUGAUUGAACAUGGAGGCAAGCUACCAAUGUUGUGUUGUGAUGUUGAGUAAACAAACGAUGUGUCAGCAGUUGCAAUUUGUAUAUAAUGGAUGACGAGCCUCUGACCUUUCUCGUGGUCAGUUUCAAAUACCUCAACGUGCUGUUACUUGUG